ACUGAUUCGGCUAGAAGAUUUCAGCUACCAUUCGCUCGAUCCGGACGAAAUUCGGUUACCACCCCCAACACCGACCAACGAUCGGCUAGUUAGCGCCGUCGAAGCAUUCUUCGCUCCUCCUAGCCACGAAAGACCACGCGACGGAGAAGGAUGGGAGAAGCUUGCGUUGUACGAAUAUUUUAAGGUGAAAAAUGCAUCCCGCAAACAGAAGGAAGACGAGAUAGACCGUGGUUUGCGCGAUCGGUCCCGUUCUCCCUCGCCGAUCGAUCCGGAUCUCCUGAAGGUGACAAAGAAGCACAAGAAGCGCGUUUACCGAUCGAAAAGUCGCUCACGAUCUCGUUCUCCGGCGGAUAAUGGACAUGCAACGGUAGCUCCGGGUUCACUGGCGGGAGGACACCAGGUUAAUGCUAGCUUUGGACUAGGCAGUGCGGGAGGCGGAGGCAGUGGCGGUAAUGGAGGCAAUGGGCGUAACCAGCGCCGUGAUCAUAGGAAUCAUCGUUCGCGAAGCAAAUCACGGUCGCGUUCCCGCUCACCCCGCUCUCUAGCAGGCGGUCUUGGCUCGCAAUCGUCCGCCUCUGGACGCCGUGUUCACAGUCGCUCGCCACCACCACGAAGAGGUGGUGGUAGUGUCGGUGAUCGCGAGCGAGAGCGGGUACGCGAAAGUAGACGCUCACCAACACCACCAAGCUUUGCCACUGGCGGAUUUAUGAAAACAGGCAACAGUUUUGUAGAGGAUGGAGGGCCUCCAAAGGCCGGUCCCGGACACCAUAUCCUGAAAGGUGGCGGUGGCGGUGGCGGAGGAGGUGGUGGUGGUAUAGGUGCUAUGGGAAGUAACAACACCGGCACUGGAAGUGGAGACCGAAUAGGUCUGGGUGCUACGAUCGAACCCUUACGCCACGAGUCACACAAUCCAGCCGAUCCAUACGAAAGCUUCCGCCGAAACAAGGGUGCCGCCUUCAUUACGCGUAUGAAAGCCAGGGCAGACGAGCGGAAUUAAGCUGGCCUUGCACCGGCCUAAUCGCUCGGUUUCAAUACAGUCACUAGCUUGGGGGCUUCUCGCUACAUGGCCACAACGUGGUGAGCAGACAGGUGUAUUUUGUGUUCGAUUCGAGCAACAUAGUGUAAAGAUAUCAGGCAGCGAGAUCAGAACAGGCGUAUGGUUAGCUAAUAAAAAACCAAACAUUGUGCAGUAGAAUCACCG